AUGAAAGUGGACAAUGUCCUGGUCCAUUUGCAAAGUUACUUGAAAGUAUGGGCAUAUGUGCACAACAUAGUUGUUCCUAUUGUUGCAUCAGACUCUAAUGACACAAUAGGACAAUAUAAUGAUGAGCCAAUCCCACUAGUUGAACAUACUGUUGAUGAACAUGUCAUAAUUCAAGAAGAGAAUAGUGAACCACAAAUACCUUUAAGGCGAUCUGGAAGAGAAAGAAAAUCUGCCAUUUCAAACGAUUAUGUUGUUUAUAAUAUUGAAAAUGAAUGUGACUUAAGCAUGGAUGAUGAUCCGAUCUCAUUCAAAAUGGCCAUGGAAAGUGACAAUUCUGAAGAGUGGUUUGAUGCCUCAAAAGAAGAAAGGAAAUUUAUGGAUGAUAAUCAUGUAUGGGACUUAGUAGAGUUGCCCGAUGGUUUCAAAACCAUUGGUUCUAAAUGGGUCUAUAAGACUAAACGUGACUCGAAAGAGUUUCAAUGUAAGGAUGAUAGGGAAGGUUUAAAAAACUACGGUGUUGUCAAAAACAGCUCGUCUGUUUUACUCUACGGGAGGGAUGGCACUAAAAACUUGGAGGAAAAUUGCAAAAUAGAAGUCAGUAUACCUGUUUCCGAGUCGACUUUACACACUCUACGUUUGGAUAAUCCGAAGAAGUCUCUUGAACAGGGUUUCAAUCUUGAAAUUAAACAAGACUGCUCAGUGUGCUUAGAAUCCAAGGGUGCUUGUGGGUAUAAUCAUAUUUCGAGUGGAUUCGUCUGCUAUUGUGACGAUGCCACCCAUGGCCAAAACUGUGGCUCUGGAAGGAGAAGUAAGGGGUCUUUGGUCAACGCAAUCCACAAAGGGUCGUUGAUCAAACCAAUUUGUAAAGUUUUGGGUUCGGUAGCAGGCGUUGUUCUGUUCGUGAUCUUAUUAUCAUUCUUUCUUCAUUUUCUCCGGAAGAGAGAAUUACGUCUAAGACAACAGAAUCUGAUGUCCCUCAUUCCACUCAAACACUACACUUAUGCACAGGUGAAAAGAAUUACAAAGUCAUUUGCAGAAGUGGUCGGGAGAGGCGGAUUUGGAAUUGUUUAUAGAGGAACUCUUUCUGAUGGCCGUAUGGUUGCGGUUAGGGAUGUUAAAAGGGGUUCCAAAAGAGCAAUUAUAUAUGAAUUUUUGGGAAAUGGGUCUCUUGAUAAAUUCAUCUCACGCAAGUCCUCGGUGAAUUUGGAUUGGGCGACAUUGUAUCAAAUUGCGCUAGGAGUUGCUCGUGGUCUAGAGUACUUGCAUCAUGGCUGUAAAACAAGGAUUGUACAUUUCGACAUCAAACCACAAAAUGUACUCUUAGAUGAAGACUUUUGCCCCAUAGUUUCGGACUUUGGGCUUGCCAAGCUCUGUGAGAAGAAAGAGAGUGUCUUGUCAUUGCUGGACACAAGAGGUACAGUAGGGUACAUUGCACCAGAAAUGAUUUCAAGAGUUUAUGGGAGCGUGUCUCACAAGUCAGAUGUUUGUAGCUAUGGAAUGUUAGUUCUUGAGAUGAUUGGUGCAAGGAACAAAGAAAGCGCUCAUCAAGACUCUGCUUCUAACACAAGUUCAAUAUACUUUCCUGAAUGGGUAUAUAGGGAUCUUGAAUUAGGAAAGCCUAGAAGGCUUAUCGAGAACGGAAUCAACAAUGAGGAAGAGGAGGUAGCAAAGAAGAUGGCAUUGGUAGGUUUGUGGUGUAUUCAGCCUUCCCCAUUAGAUCGCCCACCAAUGAACAGAGUCGUAGAGAUGAUGGAAGGAAGUCUUGAAGCUCUUGAAGUGCCUCCAAGGCCUGUCUUGCAGCAAAUUCCCACGGCACCUCUUCAGGAAUCUCUAACGCUUUCAGGUAGUUUGGUUUAA